AUGGCAAAGAAGGUCUUAAUGCUCCAUGGGUAUGCCCAAUCGGGAACUAUAUUCUCGUCCAAAACUGGUGGGUUCAGGAAAACGCUAGGAAAGCUGGGAUACGAGCUUUUUUAUCCAUGCGCACCCAACAAGAUAACAGGCGCAGACAUGAGAGACGUCGACGACUUGGCCACAAGGUUCAACACUCAGGCAGGCACAGAUGAGAUUUUUGGCUGGUGGCUGAAAGAUCCUAACGACCAGUACAAAGUUCCGCCAAACACAGUUGACUUUCUACGGAACUACAUUAUAGAAAAUGGCCCAUUUGAAGGCGUCAUUGGGUUCAGCCAAGGUGCAGGCUACGCAGGCUAUUUGUGCACAGACGUCCGCAAUCUACUGGGCUUGACCGAGGAACAGCAGCCGAAUUUCAAAUUUUUUAUAAGCUUCAGUGGGUUUCGAAUGGCACCAGAGUGGUUCCAGGAACAGUACAAUAAUCACCCAAUUACAGUGCCAACUUUGCAUGUAGAGGGUGAGCUGGACACGGUCGUGGAAAGCAGCCGGGUCAUGGCUCUCUACAAUGCAUGCUCUGCAGACACCAGAAUGCUGCUGAAGCAUCCAGGUGGUCACUUCGUGCCCAACGGCAAGGGCUUCGUUACGAAAGUGACAAACUGGUUACAAAUGCUAGGUGAGGAAAAUGCAGUUCUAGAUGCUGGCACCGACUUUCUUCAAUCGCCCUCCACCAAAUCAGGCCCAGCCAAGCCAGAACUCGAUGACGAUCUCUUGGCCAUGAUAGAUGGGAUGGGGAAGGUGUGA